AUGGCUCGGACACGUCGCCUUCACCGCCUCCUCUUCGGCCUCCUCCUCCUCCUCCUCAGCAGCCAGCAGUGCGACUCUGGAGAGGGGGCUCGAACCAGAGACACCAGGGAUAUCAGCAAUGACCAGCCUCGCAUGGUGUCAGACAGCGGUCAUCUGAUCUUCUCCACAGGAGAGCACAAAAACAUACGCUUCCAGACCAGUGGGUCUGGGGCAGUGCUGGUGGGGAAUGAGGACCUGACACAGCUGGUGAACCAGAUCAGAAUCAACAAAGAGGAAAUCGAGGAUAUAAAAGAGAACGGUGGUGGAACGGCUCCAGAAGUGACCAGUAAGCUCAACGAGCUCAGCACAAAGGUUUCAACACUAGAGUCAAAGGUGCAAACCAUCGAACAGACGGUCCAGAGGAAGACCUGCAGUAGUAACCCCUGUCAGAAUGGGGGAACCUGCCUGAACCUGCUGGAUGCCUUCCACUGCAUCUGCCCAAGCAACUGGCAGGGUCCCCUCUGCUCCAAUGACAUGAACGAGUGUCAGGUCUACACGGGAACGCCACUGGGCUGUCAGAACGGCGCUACCUGCGUCAACACACCUGGCUCAUACAGUUGCACCUGCUCUGCGGAAUGGCACGGCCCACACUGCACCUCUCGUUAUGAUGACUGUCAGGCCGGGGGACAGGACCUGUGUGAGCACGGACUCUGCAUCGACUCUGAUAGAGUCACACCCAACCAGCCAAAGUAUAAGUGCAUCUGCGAUGCGGGGUGGGCGUCGCCCACCGGAAGCCCCGCCUGCACUCAGGACGUGGAUGAGUGCAGCCUUCCCAGCAAGCCCUGCUCCACCAACCCCCCCGUGCAGUGCUUCAACACGCCGGGGUCCUUCUACUGCGGCUCCUGCCCCUUAGGCUGGCAGGGCUCGGGGUACAGCUGCCAGGAUGUGGACGAGUGCUCGUCCAAUAACGGGGGCUGCUCCACCUCCCCCCCGGUGCAGUGUCUCAACACCAUGGGCUCCUACCACUGCGGACCCUGCCCUCCAGGCUAUGAGGGAGACGGGAGGACCUGCACUCAGGCCAGCAUCUGCACCGCCAACAACGGAGGCUGCCACCCCCUGGCCACCUGCACUGCUACUCCAGGCAGCACCAUACCCACCUGCACCUGCCCCCCGGGGUAUGUGGGGAAUGGGUACGGCCCCGCGGGCUGCUCCCAGGUCAGCGACGUCUGCCAGAGCAACAACCCCUGCGUCAACGGCCAGUGUGUGAGCACUACCACUGGCUACGUCUGCACAUGUGACCCGGGAUGGGCGGGGACCAACUGUGACCAGAACGUUGACGAGUGUGUCAGCAACCCCUGCCAGAACGGGGGCACCUGCGUCGACGGAAUCAACGGAUACACCUGCACCUGCACAGACCACUGGACCGGACCACAGUGUCAGACUGCGCAGCAAGCGUGUGGAGGGUACCUGAUGGGCCCCACCGGCACCUUCUCGUAUCCCAACAGUGGGCAGGGGUACCCCCACGGGAGGAGCUGUGCCUGGGUCAUACGGGUGGACCCAGACAAGAUCAUACGGAUAACCUUCCCGCUCUUCCACCUGGAGAACAGCGCCAACUGCAACUACGACUUCCUGCAGAUCCACGACGGGGAGAGCGCCGGGGCCCACCCCCUCGGCCGUUACUGCGGCAACAGCGUCCCGCCGGAGCUCUUCAGCUCCCACAAUGCCCUGUACUUCUGGUUCCGAUCCGACCACUCCGUCACCGGGGACGGCUUCACUGUGGCCUGGCAGGCCCAGGCACCAGUUUGUGGGGGGGCCUUGACCGACCUGUAUGGGUCCAUAAACUCACCUGGUUACCCUGGUAACUACCCUCCGAACCGAGACUGCUACUGGACAGUGAACGCCAACCCAGGCCUACUCAUCCAUUUUGCCUUUGCAACCCUGAGCCUGGAGCACCAUGACAACUGUCACUAUGACUACCUGGAGAUUCGGGACGGGUUGCUGUCUGAGGACCCUGUUUUGGGGAGGUUCUGCAGCACGGUCUCCCCCGCUCCGGUCCAGACCACCGGACCCACCGCCUGGGUCCACUUCCACUCAGACUCCGGUGUGAGCGACCAUGGCUUCCACAUCACCUAUACCACCUUGCCCUCCGCCCCGGGAUGUGGGGGCACGUACACGGACAGCGAUGGCUUCAUCACCUCCCCGAACUGGCCCGACAACUACGCCCACAACCGCCAGUGCGUCUACAUCAUCCGCCAACCCGCCGGCGAGGUGGUCACACUCAACUUCACCCACAUGGAUCUGGAGACCCACAGCGCCUGCGCCUUCGACCACGUGGAGGUGCGGGAUGGGAUAGCGGAGACCAGCGCUCUGAUUGGGAAGUACUGUAGCUCCACCCUGCCAGCCCCCAUCACCUCCACCUCCCACAGCCUGUGGGUCCGCUUCAAAUCCGACUCCUCCGUCAGCCGAGCCGGGUUCAGGGCCACGUACGGAGUGGGCUGCGGUGGGACCCUGUCCGGAUCUGGUCAGAUCCGAUCCCCCUUCUACCCCAACCCUUACCCCCACGAAAAGACCUGCGAGUGGGUCAUCACCCAGCCCCUGGGCUACGUGGUCACCUUCUCCUUCCUCACCUUCGACAUCGAGAGCAGCUCAGGCUGUCGCUACGACUACUUGGAGGUGAGGGACGGCUCCACGGCGAACUCCCCUCUGAUUGGCCGAUACUGCGGAAACCUGGUGCCAGACCUGGUCCAGUCCACGCAGAGGUCCAUGUUCGUCCGCUUCUGGGCGGACGGGUCCAUCAACAGCCACGGCUUCACGGCUCAGUACGAGUCCACGGAGGGAGGUUGUGGGGAUACACUGAGUGCAGCUUCAGGCAGCUUCACCAGCCCCGGGCAUCCCACAGACUACCCCCACGGAGCCAACUGCACCUGGUUCAUCUCUGUCACCCCCGGCAACAUCAUCCGCCUCUCCUUCACUUCCUUCAAUCUGGAGUUCCACCACGAGUGUCGCUAUGACUACGUGGAGGUGUACGACAACGGCACGGCUGCGACCGGGACGAAACUGGGCAGGUACUGCGGGCGGUCCGUCCCUCCCUCCCUGACCAGCACGGACAGCCUGAUGACCGUCCUGUUCGUCUCGGACACCAGCCUGGCCACUGAGGGCUUCUCGGCGAGCUACGUGACGAUGGACGCCUCCACAGACUGCAGUGAGGUGUUCACCUCCCCCACAGGGGUCCUGAGCUCCCCCAAUUACCCCCAAUACUACCCCAGCAACCGCCAGUGCAUCUUUCGCAUCACUGUGGGCGUCAACAUGCAGAUCAUGCUCAACUUCACCGACUUCUCCCUGGAGGGAUACACCCCACACUGCAACUACGACUACCUGGAGAUCAGGGACGGUGGCUAUGAGACCUCCCCUCUGAUCGGGACGUACUGCGGCAAUGAUAGACCGCCCCUGCUGGUCUCCCAUAGCAACAGGCUGUGGAUGAAGUUCCGCUCCGACUUCUCGUCCACCUACAGGGGAUUCGCUGCGCACUGGGACGGGACACAGACAGGCUGUGGCGGGAGCCUGACCACGGUCACGGGGAGCUUCUCCUCCCCGAACUUCCCCCUGCCCUACCACCCCAACGCUGAGUGCUACUGGCACAUCCGCGUCAGCGCGGGCAGCCGCAUACUGCUGCAGUUCGGAGAAUUCCACCUGGAGGCUAGCAGCAGCUGCUCCUACGACUACCUGGCCGUGUAUGAUGGGAACAGCACCAGUGCCCCAGUCCUGGCCAAGCUCUGUGGGGAUGUGAUCCCCCCAGUUAUCAACUCCACCCGCGAGCAAAUGUACAUCAAACUGAGGACCGACAACAGUGUGGGAGCAGGGGGCUUCCUGGCCAGCUACACACAGAGUUGCCACGGCAUGGUCAUAGCCAAUCAGACCGGGGGUGUGAUUGAGAGCCCUAACUACCCCAACAGUUACCCCGAUGCCUCCAGCUGCAGUUGGACCAUCCACGCGUCUAUGGGCAACACCAUCAACUACACCUUCCAGGCCUUCAGCCUGGAGCACCACUCCCUCUGUGGCUAUGACUACGUCAAGCUGUACAACGGGCCAGACGAGCAGGCCCCUCUGAUUGGCACGUUCUGCGGGAACACGCCCCCGCCGCCCAACACCACCACCAGCUCCUCCCUGCACAUGGUGUUCAAGACAGACUACUCCACCGGUCUCUCGGGCUUCCAGAUGCUCUGGUAUCAGAACGGCUGUGGCGGGGAUCUCUCUGGGCCCAGCGGGUCGUUCCACAGCCCUGGGUACCCCAACAGGUACCCCGCCAACCGCGAGUGCAUCUGGUACCUCCGCACCGGCCCGGGCACCAGCAUCCAGAUCACCAUCCACGAGUUCGAUGUGGAGUACCAUCCUGACUGCAGCUAUGACGUCCUAGAGGUGUAUGGGGGUCCCGACCUCGAGGCCCCCCGAUUGGCCCAGCUGUGCACCACCCGGCCCCCCGCCACCCCCCUGCACGUGUCCAGCACUGGUAACCUGGUGACCGUGCGCUUCAGGAGCGACGCCUACGUCAGUGGGCGGGGCUUCAACGCCAGCUGGGAGGAAGUUCAGGGAGGUUGUGGGGGGAUUGUCACGGCGCCCAAGGGGGAGAUUCACUCCCCCGGUUACCCCGGUAACUACCCCGACCACUCGGACUGCUCCUGGGUGAUAAACGUGGACGCGGGCCACCGCGUGCUCCUGAACUUCAGCCUGCUGGAGAUCGAGUCGCACUCCUCCUGCGUCUGGGACUACGUGGCCGUGUAUGAUGGCCCCAGCGAGGCGUCUCCUCUCCUGGCUCGGGUGUGUGGUUUCUCCCGGCCCGACCCGGUCACCUCCACCCAGAGCACCAUCUCUGUGCGCUUCCGCUCCGACGGCAGCAGGAACCACAAGGGCUUUAGCGCCCGCUUCUCCGUCCUUUGCGGAUCCACCUUCGUCAGCGAUGAUGUGGGCGGAGCCUUUGCGUCACCCCGGUACCCGUACUCCUACCCGCCCAAUAUGAACUGCGGCUGGAUCAUCAGAGCCCAAGAGCCAUUCAAUCACGUGACCCUGUCCUUCACCGACUUCAAAGUGGAGAACCGCUACGGGAACUGCUCCUCUGACUAUGUGGAGAUCCUGGAUGGAGACAACUACCAGGCCCCUUCCAUCGGAGUGUACUGUGGAGACGAGGUGCCCCAUCCCAUCACGUCCUACAGUGAUGCCAUGGUCGUCAAAUUCAUCUCCAACCAGGGCUACGGCGAGAAGGGCUUCCGGGCCACUCACACUGCGUCCACCUCAGGCUGCGGGGGGGCCUUGCACAUGGAGUCUGGCGCCUUCAACAGCCCAAACUUCCCCGGAGCGUACCCCCCCAACCUGGAGUGUGUCUGGACCAUGACCAGUUCCCCCGGCAACCGGCUCCAGCUCUCCUUCAUAUCCUUCCAGCUGCAGCACAGCUCCGGCUGUAGUCGCGACUACCUGGAGAUUCGGGAGGGGAACUCCACGGGGCCCCAGGUGGGCCGGCUGUGCGGCUCCUCCCUGCCCGCCAACUACACCUCGCUGGUGGGCCACGUGCUCUGGGCCAAGUUCGUCUCCGACUCGGCCAUCAGCGGGGCCGGCUUCCAGGCCACCUUCUCUCACCUGUACGGUAAUGAGAUCACGGGCGAGUCGGGGCAGCUCGCAUCCCCUCUCUGGCCCAGGACGUACCCCAACAACGCUCAUUACCGCUGGACCAUCACGGUUGCCGGAGGUUACUUCAUCCGCCUCCGCUUCCUGGAGAUUGACAUCGAGGACGUGUACAACUGUUACUACGACUACCUGAAGGUGUUCGACGGGCCCGACGUGCACUCCCUGCCGCUCGGGACGUUCUGCGGCCUGGCCCCGCCGCGCCCCGUCGGCAGCUCCGGGAGCACGCUGACCGUGGAGUUCCUGUCCGACACCACGGUUGCCGGGCGCGGUUUCCUCCUGGAGUGGACCGCGGUGCAGAGCUCAGGGCCGCUCCCGACCAUCGCCCCAGGAGCGUGUGGAGGUGCCCUCAUGCCUGGAGACAGUCCCAUGUUCUUGUUCUCCCCGGGCUGGCCGGAGAGCUACGCGCCCUACCUGGAGUGCACCUGGGUGAUCCGCUCUCCUGACUCCACCGUCGAGCUCAACCUGCUGUCCCUCAACAUCGAGGACGACGCCACCUGUGGCUACGACAGCCUGGUCGUCCGGGACGGUGAGACUAACCUGUCUCCGCUCCUGGCGGCCCUCUGUGGGAGGGAGCUACCCGGGCCUCUGCACUCCUCUGGAGACGCCAUGUUCCUCCGCUUCACCAGCGAUGGCAGCGUCAGUGGCCGCGGCUUCAACGCCUCCUACUCUAAAGGCUGCGGGGGGCUCUUGCACGCGGACCGGGGGGUGAUCAGCUCCCCGCACUACCCGCAGAACUACUCCCCGAGGCUGGACUGCAGCUGGAAGGUGAUGGUGACCCCCGGCUUCAGAGUGACGGCCACCUUCCAGAGCCCGUUCCAGGUGCAGGGCUACGGCACGGCCUGCAGUACCGGGGACUACCUGGAGUUGAGGAACGGACCCGAUGCCUCCGCCCCUUCCUUGGGGGGCCGUCUCUGCGGGUCCACCCCCCCCUCCGUCACGCAGACGACCGACAACCAGCUGCACGUGCGGUUCGUCUCUGACGACUCCAACGAGAGCAGCGGAUUCAAGCUCACCUUCGAAGCGCACAGUCGGGCCUGUGGAGGUGCCAUUGAGCUGAGUGACUCAGAUCCUCCAGGGUACAUCAUGUCCCCCAACUACCCCAAUAACUACCCCCAGAACAUUGACUGUGUCUGGGUCCUAACUGUUCCCAAUGGGGAGGCCGUGCAGCUUGACUUCCAGGAAGAAUUCUUCAUCGAGCCCUGGAACGGCUGUCCCUACGACUAUCUGGAGCUCCGCGACGGGGCCUCGUACGAGGCCGCCGUGAUCGCCCGGCUCUGCGGGAGCGAGCUGCCCAGCACCCAGCGCUCCACGGGCAGCGUGAUGAAGCUUCGCUUCCGCACCGAUGGCAGCGUCACGCACAGGGGCUUCAAGGCCCAGUACUCCAUCGCCACGUGUGGGGGCACCUACAGGGGCCAGAGUGGCACCAUCCGCAGCCCUGGGUUCCCCAACGCCAACUACCCCGACAGCUCCAACUGCGAGUGGUACCUGGAGGGCCCCACUGGCCACUACCUGACCCUCUCCUACUCCCACCUCGACCUGCAGAACACCCCCAACUGCGCCAGCGACUACGUGGAGAUCCGAGAGUACAACGCCACCGGUCGUCUCCUGGGCAGGCACUGCGGGAGCCGGAUGCCCCUCACCGUGGAAACCGCGGACAGCUACGCCUACGUCAAGUUCGUCAGCGACGCCAGCGUCAACGCUGCCGGCUUCAGCCUAUCAUUCCUGGCCAGCGUGGAAGAGUGUGGAGGGGAUCUGAACGCGAUGUUUGGGACCAUCUCGUCCCCAAACUACCCGAACCUGUACCCCCACAGCCGGGUGUGUCACUGGAGGAUCACCGUCCCGCCCGGUCGCCGGGUCACCCUCACCAUCAACGACCUGCGCCUGGAGGACCACGGCUUCUGCGCCUACGACUAUGUGGAUGUGAUAAAUGGGCUGGUGUCUAACGCCCCUCACCUGCAGCGUUUCUGCGGCACGGUCGCCGCGGGAACGCAGGUGAGGUCGUCGGGGAACACCAUGACCGUGGUCUUCGCCACCGACUCCUCCGUGUCCAAUGGCGGAUUCACCGCAGACUACUCCUCCAAUGAGGAAGCAGUGUGCGGCGGUAUCCUUGACAACCCCGCGGGCGGAAACUUCACCUCGCCCGGUUACGGCGUCGGUAACUACAGCAACGACCUGAACUGCGAGUGGCUGAUCCAGAACCCUCGGCACGUCAACUCGUCCAUCGUGGUGAUCGUGGACGACCUGCGCCUGGAGCACCACCAGACCUGCGAGUGGGACUACAUCGAGCUGCGCAUGGGUGACUCUAACGGGGAGCUCCUGGCUCGGUUCUGCGGCCAGACCAGACCUCCCAUCCCCCUGGUGGUGUUCACGCCCGAGCUCUGGGUGCACUUCCUGUCCGACCAGGCCGUCCGCGACCUCGGCUUCAAGGCCACGUACAGCUUCGCCGACUGCGGGGGUCUGCAGACUGGUGAGGGGGGGAUGAUCGCCAGUCCUGGUUUCCCUAAUAACUACCCCAGUCCCAGCCGCUGUGCCUGGCUCCUGGAGGCCCCUGAGGGCCACACCAUCACUCUCACGUUCACGUAUUUCCAAGUGGAGGCCCACAGCAAGUGCUCCUGGGACUCCCUCACCAUCAUGAACGGGGGCUCGCCAGGCUCCCCUCUGAUUGGCCAGUACUGCGGGAACACCUCACCCGGAACCAUCCAAUCAGGAUCCAACAAGCUGGCCUUGGUGUUCCUGGCUGACCACAGUGUAUCCAGGGGAGGCUUCCAGGCGACCUGGUCAGCUGACUCCUCCGGCUGUGGAGGGAUGAUCCACGCAGACAGCGGGACUAUCAAAUCCCCGGGGUACCCCCAGAACUUCCCCCCAAACAGCGAGUGCACCUGGAGGAUCGUCGGGCACGAGGGGUACCACCUGGAGAUGUCCUUCGACGGUGACUUCCAGAUCCCGGACACCAGCGGCCAGUGCCAGGGCAGCUUUGUUAAGGUGUGGUCGGGUCACAGGGAGGUGGAGGACAGUCUCCUGGUCACGGGCUGUGGGUCCACCGCCCCAGGCCCGGUCGUUGCCCCCUACAACGCCGUCACCGCCCGCUUCCAGUCCUCCGGGGGCCCGGGCGAAGGCUUCUCCGCGUCCUUCCUGUCCCGGUGCGGGGCAAACUUCACUGCCCCCUCUGGCAGGGUGGUAUCCCCGAACUACCCCGCCCACUACCCUGACCGCUCCAACUGCAACUACCUGGUGGAACCUGGGGCCCAGGCAGUGGUCCUCAUCAAGUUCCGCACCUUCCAGGUGGAAGCUCACUCCUCCUGUCAGUAUGACGGGCUGAAGGUGUACAAGGGGGCCACCAAGUCCAGCCGCCUGCUGGCCACCCUGUGCGGGAACACCAUCCCGGGACAUUACUCCAACUUCGGCCCCAUGCUGCUCAGCUUCUACUCCGACUCCAUCUUCAACGACAACGGCUUCCUGGCAGAGUACACGGUCAUCCCGUGCGGGGGUGUGUUUAACAGCACCGGCGGGUCAGUCAGUAGCCCCGCCGUUUCCCUCACGGACUACCACCACAACAUGAACUGCACCUACCACGUCAUCGUCGGGGGAAACAGGAUCGUCGAGCUCAAGUUCAACACCUUCCACCUGGAGGCCUCCUCUACCUGUCACUAUGACUACGUGGCGGUGUAUGACGGACAGAACACCCUGGCCCCGCUGCUGGGGAAGUUCUGCGGGCGCGAGAUCCCGCCCACCCUCAGGUCCUCGUCCAAUCAGCUUUUUAUCGUCUUCAAGACUGACAGCGCCGUGGCAGCUUUGGGCUGGAGGGCCACGUACAUGGAGACCUUGGGCCCACAGCAGGGUUGUGGAGGUUACCUGGCCACGCCCACUGGAGGAUUCAGCUCUCCAGAUAUUGACCUGGACGGAAGGUAUGAGUCCAGAGUGGACUGUCUGUGGACCAUCGCCAUGCCAACCAACAAGGUGGUCAACCUCACCUUCACCUCCUUCCUGCUGGAGAGCGCAUUUGGUGGCAGCUGUAGAUAUGACUACAUCAAGAUUUUUGAUGGUGAUAACAUGAACUUCCCAUUGGUGGGCACGUUCUGCGGCAGCACUGUGCCCGCCCCCUUCAUCUCCAGUGGGAACUUCCUGACGGUGCGUUUUGUGACGGACAGCUCCGUGAACCUCUCCGGGUUCAACGCCACCUACAGGGCAGUCGACAGGAUCUGCGGAGGCAUCCUGAACGCCACAAACUCAGCCCAGACCAUCACCUCGCCCUUCUACCCCAACGCCUACCCAGAAUACACUUCCUGCCGCUGGGUUCUGGACGCCUCCGCGCAGGAGAGCGUCCGAAUCUCCGUCCAGCAGUUCCGCCUGCACUCCAGCCAGAGCUGCGACCAGAACUACCUGGAGAUGAGGGACUGGCCUGGGGGGGACUACGGCCAGACGCACAAGUUCUGCGGCACAGACUCGCACGUCCCCGACUUCUACAGCUACGGCCGCACCGUGCACAUCACCUUCAAGUCCGACACCUUCGCCCCCGGAAACGGCUUCAGCCUCACCUACCAGAUCGCAGGCUGCAGCAGGGUGUAUGAGCAGGCCUAUGGCUUCCUGAAGAGCCCUGGCUGGCCUGGCAUGUACCCCCACAACAUGGACUGCAGCACGGUCCUGCGGGCCCCCCAGGGGAGCCCCAUCUCCCUCUUCUUCCAUAGCUUCAGUCUGGAGAAUCACCCAACCUGCUCCUACGACUUCCUGGAGGUGCGGAAUGGCAGCACCAGCUCCGCCCCGGUGCUGGCGACGUUAUGUGGGAACACGCUGCCCGACCCGGUGUUCCCCGGGGCAAACGAGCUCCUGCUGCGCUUCAAGACCGACUUCUCGGGCGUGCGCGAGGGCUUCGAGAUCACCUGGACCUCCUCGCCUCAGGGAUGUGGGGGAACACUGUAUGGAGACCACGGCUCUUUCACUAGUCCUGAUUUCCCCCGUACCUAUGGCAACGGCUCCAGCUGUGAGUGGGUCAUCCGGGCCCCUGUGGGGAGGGCGGUGACGGUGACCUUCGCCCAGUUCAGCGUGGACGACCCCGGGGACUGCCAGAACAACUUCCUGCGGCUCUACGAUGGCCCCGAUGCCACCGGCCGCCCCGUGGGACCUUACUGCGGGGCUGAGACCAACAUUGCUCCUUUCACCUCCUCCUCCCAUCAAGUCUUCAUCCAGUUCCAGGCCCAGUACGCCACCCUGCCGUCUGGAUUCAGACUGACCUGGAGCAGCUGAGGAGAUCUCACACACACACACACACGCACGCACGCACACAUUUACACAUACAGACAAAAUCCCAUGCAUGUACACACACACACACUUCUUCUCACAUACCAAUCAGAUUUGAACAAGUAAAUGGUUAAAUAUCUGCUCACACACCAAUCAGAUUUGAACAAGUAAAUGGUU